ACUUCAGAGAUGAUCCAGUUGAGACUGGUGACACUGGUUGCACUGCUCUGCUCUCUUCUCAGUGCUGAUGGAGGGAAAGUCCUUGUUUUUCCUGUGGAUGGAAGCCACUGGAUCAACAUGAAGGUCCUCAUCCAAGAGCUCCACUCCAGAGGUCACAACAUCACAGUGAUCCGGCCCGAAAAAAGCUGGUACAUCAAAGCAGAGUCCCAUCACUACCAGUCAAUCACCCUCGACGUUCUCCCUGGAUUUGAUGUGAACAACAUGCAUUAUUUUACAACAAGAAUGCUGCAGCUUAGGCAUGAGGUCCACACUUCGACUUUAGCUUAUUUGAAAGGUGGAGAGGAGUUAAUGAAGAUGGUGGAUCAUGUUCACAAAGUCGAGGUUGAUAAAAUUCAGAAGAUUUUUGAGGAUGCUAAACUGAUGCAGUUCUUCCAAGAGGCCGAGUACGAUGUUGUUCUGACUGACCCCUCCUUCGGCGGAGGGGUUCUUCUGGCUCAUCGGUUGGGUCUGCCUCUGGUCUUCAAUGUACGAUGGACAAUCAUGGAAGACGGACAUCAGACAGUUGCCCCCUCACCACUGUCAUAUGUUCCCAUACCAGGCAGUGAACUGACUGAUAGGAUGAGUUUUUGGCAAAGGGUGAAAAAUGUUUUCUUCUCAUUAAUGGUGCGUAAUAUCCGGGUGAUGAUAAAAGACUCUCACUACACACCAUUUGUCCACCGUCACUUUGGUCCAGACGUCCACUAUGAUGAGCUUGUUCAGGCAGCAGAUGUUUGGCUGAUGAGAACUGACUUCACCUUUGAGUUCCCUCGUCCCACCAUGCCCAACGUUGUCUACAUGGGCGGGUUUCAGUGUAAACCCUCCAAAGAGCUUCCUCAAGAUCUGGAGGACUUUGUCCAGAGCUCUGCAGAGCACGGUGUCAUUAUUAUGAGCUUGGGGACCUUGGUGGGGAAUCUCCCUGAGGAUAUAACAGAACAUGUGGCUGCCGCUUUUGCACAGUUGCCUCAGAAGGUCAUCUGGAGGCAUACCGGGAAGAGACCGUCCACCCUGGGAAACAACACCCUGCUGCUGGACUGGUUGCCUCAAAAUGACCUCUUAGGACACCCAAAGACCAGAGUGUUUGUGGCUCACGGAGGCACCAACGGACUUCAAGAGGCCAUCUAUCACGGAGUUCCCAUCGUUGGCCUUCCUCUGAUGUUUGACCAGGAUGAUAACCUGUUCAGGAUGAGAGCGAGGGGCAUUGCCAAAGUGCUGGACAUUGGCACAUUAAACAAAGACAACUUCCUGGAGGCGGUGAAGGAGGUGCUUCACCAGCCGUCCUACAGGGAGAACAUGCAGGAGCUCUCCAGGCUGCACAGAGACCAGCCCAUGAAGCCUCUGGACCGAGCCGUGUUCUGGAUCGAGUUUGUCAUGAGACACAAGGGAGCAGCUCACUUAAAGACCGACUCCUACAAGAUGUCUUGGAUUCAGUACCACUCCAUCGAUGUAAUCACACUGUUGCUGGUGUCAGUCACGCUGAUGUCACUGAUUUGCAUUUUAAUAGUGAAAUGUUUGUGGCGUAAAGUGUUUGGUGGGAAGAAAAAAACCCCAAAAUAAUAUAGAUACUAUCCUCUCAGUUGAGUGGAGUUUUUCUGCAACACAGGGAGAAAGAUGAUGAAGAUGUAUUAAACUCAGUACUAAUCUGUGUCUUGGUAUCUUGAGUUUUAAUGAUGAUGGUACAACAUCCUUUAAUUUUAAGUAAACAUUGUUCAACAGAACAUCAAGUGAUGAGGAACCAGCAGGAUUAUAAAGUGUUUUACCUUUGACAUCAUGUCACAGAACAAAGUCUUCUCAUCAUGAGUGAACUGCUGCUACUUACUGCUGAACCAGACUGAAUGAAAAAACACACAACUUCAAGUUUUUCAGUUAAAUCUUUCAAGUUAAAAUGAUGAACGCCGACAUACAAAUAGACUUUACACAACACUUAAAUCACAAUCCUCUAAACACCUUAAAUGAAGAAAUACAAAGUCUCAAACUGAAAAUUUAUAUAUUUCUGGAGGAAACUGUUGUGAAUGAUUUCUUUUAAAUUGAACAGCCUCUUUUAGAGUUUAUGUUCAUGUCUUGAAGUAGUGGAGGGUAAACACACAUACAUUCAGUUAUAUCAUCUGAGGAUUUGUUUAAUAAAGUUUUCCCUCCUUUUCUGACUAUUUCAAUAUUUGACACACAGCGAGGUGCAGACCAGUGUGAGAAUUAACACGACUCCAUUAAAAUAAACAGGUUGCACAACUAUUUUUUAAUAUGUCACGCUUUAUUACUCACAUGUUUUGUCUAUUUAGCAUCAUCAGGGUGGUAUGAGGUUGUUUCAGGUUUCUUUAUAUACAAUCAGUUAAUUUGUCAUGUGACUUUACAAAAGGAAAUAUUAACUAAAUAAGUUCAGACUGUCCAUAAAUGUUGAAGAGGUGACACAAAGAUUAUGAGACUGUGUUCUGAAAACUGAAGUUGAAACAGUUUCAGUAAAAAAAUUGUUGUUUUGAAAAUAAGAAAUUGAGAUUUAAACCAUUAAUGAGUUUAAAUGAAAAUAUUGUAUUUUGCAAAAAAUGGUUGUAUAAUUGUUUUGUAAGAUUUUACCUUUUGUAAAGUCACAUGACUAGUUGAUAGAUGUUUGUAAAGAAAGUGAAACAACCUGUAUCUCCUUUUCUGACUGACACACAUUUAGAAUAAAAACUGCUGGUGAUUUAAUUACACAUCAUGACAAGCAGCAUCCAUCAGAUGUACAUUUUAUAAAAUAUAGU